GUGACCUUCGAGGAGGUGGCUAUUUAUUUCACCCAGGGGCAGGGGGCUCUGCUGGACCCCGCUCAGAGAGCCCUCUACAGGGACGUCAUGCAGGAGAACUACGAGACGGUGACCUCGCCGGUUCCCCUUUCGCCUGGCACCGGGAACGACUCGUGUCUGGAUUCUCUCUCUGUCCCAGCAGCUGGUAAGAUGGUGAGUGAGAACGGGGAGGAGAAUCCACGGCAGGAAGGCCUUGGACAAGCGGAACUGCGCAGAGUGUUAUCAGUGACAUCAGAAAGGAACUUUCCCCAGAGUCACACACAGGACUCCGGAAAUCAAUGCGGGUCAGAGAGGCAGCUGGGAAACCAGCCAGGGGAGAACGUGACUCAAGCCAUUCACCGUGUGGGAGGAUGCAACGAUCUCAAAGAAACCACAGUCCAGCCGAGAAUCCACGCCAGAGAGAGAGAUAAUACGUGUGUGGAGUGCGGGAAAACCUUUCAUUGGCGUUCCUAUCUUAUUAGACAUCAGAGAACCCACACAGGGGAGAAAUCCUAUAAAUGCCUCGAUUGUGGGAAAAGCUUCAGUCAGAGCUCACUUCUCAUUAGACAUCAGCGAACCCACACGGGAGAAAGACCCUAUAAGUGCCUCGAAUGUGGGAAAAGUUUCAGUGACAACUCGCACCUCAUCGCCCAUCACAGAAUCCACACGGGCGAAAGGCCCUACAAAUGCCUUGAGUGCGGGAAAAGUUUCAUACAGAGCUCCGUUCUUGUUGCCCAUCAGAGAAUCCACACAGGAGAAAGACCCUAUAAAUGCCCCGACUGUGGGGAAAGCUUCAGUCGGACCUCAGAGCUGAUUGUGCAUCACAGAAUCCACACGGGCGAGGAACCCUACAAAUGCCUGGACUGUGGAAAGACUUUCAAUCGGAACUCCAACUUUGUGGUACAUCAGAGACUGCACACGGGGGAGAGGCCCUGUAAAUGCCUGCACUGUGGGAAAAGCUUCAGGCAGAGCUCCAACCUGAUUGCACAUCAGAGAAUCCACACGGGAGAGAAACCCUACAACUGCCUAGAAUGUGGGAAAAGCUUCAUUCAGAGCUCACAGCUCAUUACCCACCAGAGACUGCACAGGGGGGAGAAACCCUACAAAUGCUCGGACUGUGGGAAAGGUUUCAACCUGAGCUCCAGCCUCAUUAGACAUCAGGGAAUCCACACGGGAGAGAAACCCUAUUACUGCCUUCACUGCGGGAAAAGCUUCAGCCAGAGCUCCCAACUCAUUGUGCACCAGAGAAUCCACGCAGGAGCCAAACCCUGAGUGGGGCAGAAGCGUCAGCCUGGGUCAGUUUGCGCCAGGCAUCAGCAAAUGCACCCAGCGAAGAGACCUCUUAAAGGUCGUUACUGUGGGAAAAGCUCCAAGCAGAGCUAACUCCAUGUUGGACAUCAGACACUCCACCCAGGAGAGAAAUUUGGGGAUCACAGGAGAAGGGCUGCAGUUAGAGAGGUGCUGCCCCAUAUCAUUACCCCUCUGAGAAGCACUGAUUUCCAUAGUAUCCCACUGUAGGACGCUUAAAAAAGCCUAAAGCCCUAGGAAUCUCCCCUCAACGCCAGUCCCAUUGGCCUCUGACACUUCCGCUCGACUCGGGAUUAGGCAUAGCUAGUACAUUUCUCCUGACGCGGACCGAACCGCCAACGCAUUUCCUCGUCUAGACCGACCCGGAGCUUCUCAUUCACAGUGGUCCCCACCGUUAGCAGAGUGGUUGUCAGAGUUGCUGAGUUCUUCCUUUGGGGACCAGCGCUGGGUUUACAAUGGCACCAACCUGCUUGCUCUUCUCCACCCCUCCCCCUGUGUGAAUGGUGGGUGGGGCCUCAGAGCACAGAGGCCAAGUGGGGGCGGGGCCUGAGGGCAGAGAGACCGAGCGGGAAUGGGGCCUUGGGGCAGAGCUUUGGC